AUGCCGGCAGACAAUCGUCAAAGAAUAGAAUACGUGCCUGCAAUCAGUUUACGUUCUCAAUUGUGUCAGUCGUUUGUUUUAGUUCUAUCACUUAAUCGACUAGUCAUGCUGCAGCGUGGUAUUACGUCGGUUACGCUGCGACAGCGUAGAACUCCACAAAAUCUUUAUUAUCCAUCGACUGCAAAGCCGGUUCUCAUGCAACGUUCGCCAUCAUUCAGUAGAGAUUAUUUCUACCGAAAAAUGCGUAAAUUUAUUCGUCUUAUUCGCCUUGCCGUUCGUGUCUGUUUGGUCGUUCGCAAAUAUGCCAAUGAAGGAUUGUAUCGCGCUGAUGAGCAAAUAGUAUUUGAAAACAAGGAUAUUCUCUUUGAUCUGAGACACUUUCGACGUCCUGCCGAAGACACAAUUGGACGUCACAUUCGAAAAAUUCUCAAAUCUGAUCCAAAAGCAAGAUCCCAAGAUGAUAUCCGUAUGGUUGUUUCCACAUUGAGUCAAGUCAUACGACCGUUCACAGAAUUUCCUCUUCAACAACAGUACUCUAUCGCUCGUGUGGGGCGACUUGAGGAAUUCGAAAUGGGCCGUGUUAUCCUACGGGAAGGUCAUCGAGCUGAAAAAUUUUAUUUAAUCAUCGAUGGAAUCACUGAUGUUUAUAAGUUAUUGGAGAAUCCAGUAACGAAAAUGUCUAGUUCAAGAUUGGUUGCUGUGUUGAAGAAGGGAAGCGCUUUUGGAGAGAUAGCUCUGUUGCAUGGAAAGCGACGUACUGCAACAGUGACAUGCCAAACCGACGUGACAAUGCUUGCUAUUGAACAAGAAGAUUUUGUCAGAAUUUUUAUGUCAAACAAAGACGAGAAGGAGCCUGACUUUAUAACAUAUCUACGGCAGAUACCACAGUUUCGUGGCUUUCCUAUGGAGAAAAUUCCUCACAACGAUUCCUACUUUUGUCAUGUGGUUUACUAUCAUAUGGGAACAGUGAUAUGCAAGGACUCGAACAAAGAUGAUUGGAUUUAUGUUAUACGAGCUGGUUGUUGCCGAGCCAUUAAAGCACUGACACAAGUCACGCCAAAUUUGACAUUAAAAAAGAAAACCGAAAUAAUUUACGAUCGAUUCAGUACUAAACUCAUUUCACCCUAUAGCAUGGAAGCACUUGGUGCUUAUCGCUACCGUGCAGCAACUGCUAAGCCCUGUGCAUGUUUUACUGAAGUCGAGCAACUGUGUGAAAAAAGUGUCUUUGGUUUAUUUAAUGUUCUUGCUGAUGAAGUAGAGAAAAUACCGAGUCUGACGUUAGUUUCGGAUGGAGUUGAAUGUAUUCUGAUACGAAGAAGCUUUUUCAUUAAAUGGGCGCCAGGCAGUCAACUAGAUCGAUUGCGUCGAGAGCUUCGACCUUAUCUAACAGAUAAUGAAUUACAAAACAAAUUACAAUGUGAAGCCAACUGGGCAGCUUAUAAAAGUUUACUUGUAGAACGAAUUCGAGAUCGAAACAUAAAAAACCGUGCGCUCAUGUUCAAAAAAUGA